GCGUGCCGUCGACGCGUUACCUGCCGCUUCGUUCUACUUUGCGUGCCUCGAAAGUAAACUUUCCCGCUAGCAAUACCGGCUUCGCGCCUCGUGCAUCGUUGAUCAGGGCUCUGUGUUGCGCAUUCGGUCGCAAUGGGACGAAAAGUGACUCUCGCUGUAUGCACGCUUAACCAGUGGGCUCUGGAUUUUGAUGGAAACUACAAGCGAAUUCUCAAAAGUAUCAAAGAGGCAAAAGCGAGGGGUGCAUCCUUUCGAGCAGGCCCUGAACUAGAAGUAACGGGAUAUGGAUGUGCCGACCACUUCUAUGAAAGCGACACUCUUCUUCACUCCUGGGAAGUCCUUGCGUCUCUGCUCCGUGAUCCGACAUGCGAGGGGAUUAUGGUCGACAUUGGCAUGCCUGUUAUGCACAGAAACGUCACUUAUAACUGCAGAGUCAUCUUCUUAAACAAGAAAAUUCUGCUGAUUCGCCCCAAGCUCAUGAUGUGCGAUGACGGCUGCUACCGCGAGUCGCGCUGGUUCACGCCGUGGCAGAAGCCUCAUCGUGUUGAGGAAUUUUUUCUGCCUCGCAUGAUCUCCGAAAUAACUGACCAGAAAGUGGUGCCAAUUGGGGACGCCCUCAUCUCAACGAAGGAUACGUGCAUUGGAUUUGAAAUUUGCGAAGAGCUCUGGAAUCCCCUGAGCUCCCACAUAAUGGCGUCGCUGGACGGUGCUGAGAUCAUAGUCAAUGGAAGUGGAUCUUAUCAUGAGCUACGAAAGAACUAUGUUGUGUGUGACAGAAUCAAGUCAGCUACAGCGAAGUGCGGCGGCAUCUACAUGUUUUCCAACCUGAGAGGCUGCGAUGGUGAACGUGUCUACUACCAGGGCUGCUCCAGCAUCGCCAUCAACGGCGAGUUUGCUGCCAUAGCCAAGCAGUUUGCCUUGGAAGAAGUCGAAGUCACAACUGCUACAUUAGACCUGGAGGACGUCAGAGCCUACAAAGUAAAGAACAGAAGUCGAACGCUGAAAGGGGCAGAAUCGGAAGGCUACCCACGCGUUGUGGUCGACUACGCCCUCUCCAGCACUGCCGACAUGUCCGUUCCACCAUGUCCAAUAAUCAGCUGGGCCUUCCCAACACCAGAGGAAGAGAUCGCCUUGGGACCUGCCUGCUGGCUCUGGGACUACCUGCGACGCAGUGGGCAGGGCGGGUUCUUUGUCCCGCUGAGCGGUGGCAUCGACAGCGCCAGCGUCGCAACAAUCGUGUUUUCCAUGUGUCGCCUCGUCUGUGCAGCCGUGAAGAAUGGCGACCCAGACGUGUUGAGGGACGCCAGGCGCAUCGUGGGCGACCCUGAAUAUGUGCCAAGGGAGCCGCGAGAACUCUGCAACCGAGUCCUUGUCACGUGCUACAUGGGCACAGAGAACUCGUCGCGUGAGACGCGAGCACUUUCCAAGGACCUGGCCAACCAGAUCGGAAGCUAUCACAUGACAGUAGCCAUUGACGCAGCUGUGACGGCCGUUGUUGCGAUCUUUUCUACGCUGACGGGUCGCAUUCCCAAAUUUCGUGUCCUGGGCGGCGGCUCACGAGAAGAUCUGGCCCUGCAGAAUGUCCAGGCCAGGCUACGAAUGGUCCUGGCUUACUUGUUUGCGCAGCUCAUUCUUUGGGCUCGAGACCGACCUGGUGGUCUAUUGGUUCUUGCGACUGGCAAUGUGGACGAAGGGCUUCGAGGCUACCUGACCAAGUACGAUUGUUCAAGCGGGGACAUCAACCCAAUAGGAGGUAUCAGCAAAGUUGACUUGAAGCGGUUCCUGAAAUAUGCCUGCGAAACUUUUAAGUUGUCGGCGCUCAAUGACAUACUCAAGGCCACGCCGACUGCGGAGUUGACGCCGCUGAAAGACGGGCACACCGUACAAAGUGAUGAGGCUGACAUGGGGAUGACGUACGAGGAACUUAGCACGUAUGGACGACUGAGGAAACAGCUUGCCUGCGGGCCAUACUCGAUGUUCAGCAAAUUGGUCCACCAGUGGCAGAACAAGUGGACACCGUUUCAGGUUGCAGAAAAAGUGAAGCAUUUCUUCAGAACCUACUCCAUCAACCGUCACAAGAUGACUGUGAUCACACCGUCAUACCACGCUGAGUCAUACAGCCCGGACGACAACCGCUUCGACCUUCGACCAUUCCUCUACAACCCUCUGUGGAUGUGGCAGUUCACCCAGAUUGAUGCUCAGGUCAAAAAUCUCGAGCUCCUCAAAGAUGCCCUCUCUACGGGCAUGAGCGGCACCAACAUCACCUGGAAGAGCAGUGCCGGCACCUGUGAGGGGUUUGGCGAGAAACCCAGGGAUUCGAGAGGGGGCCAGCAACGAGCACCCGAAAGCAAGAUGGCGGACACACCAUCGGGAGACCUCGGCAUUUUCGUCUCCGGUGGCGGUUAUCGACAGCCGGCCCUCGAAGUGUGCAACACAUCGACGAACCUGCCCAAGUGCUUUACGGAGCCUUUGGACUGUGGUGAAGUCAGGUCUAGGAUAUGGCUGCUGUGAUUUUGAUAGGCAUAGGCUAUGGCUUUGAGCGCUACUUUCUCCUCUGUGCGUGCGACUUCGUUCAGUCAGCAAGUUUUGCACAACUGACGCAGAUCAGUGUUAAGAAAGAAAAGGAAAGGGAUCUAGUGGAAUAUGCCGCAGGCCUGAAGCCGUCACCUGAAAUUUUGUAGAUUGUUCCAUGUGUAGACACUGUUUCACAGAAAAUGUCAGAGAAAUGGACAUUCCGUAGCCCACAUGUCAGCACAUAGACACAAGUCUAAUGAUGCAUCUUGUCGGUCAUUUCAGAAAAGCUACCUGGACCUUUGAUUGAGGGCUUAGGUCUCGACUGGGUUUCAGACAUUUAAAUGUGCAAGAGGAAAACAUGCUGCUCCUUAUUUUCGCCACAGCAAAGUGUACUGCAUGGUUGAACUUUUAGUUUUAGUUUUACUGCUACAAAUUUUCCUGUGGAAUACACAUUAAGAAAAUAUCACCCUUAUUAAUUUUAACAAGACAUCGAUCAGGGUGCAUGAAAAAAAUGAAAAAUGCAGCACCGCUGCUGCAUUGCUCAACUCUAGCAGAAGCAAUGAGUUGUUUGCCGACGCCAGUGUUCUUGUAGUCAUGGAACGUGUAUAUACGCCUGUAGGCUUAACUGUGUCACUAAAACUUCAGUUGAGAGUUCAGUCCUGUGGUAAGUUUCUAUGCUACAUUAUUUCUUUCUUUCUUUUUUUCUUCCUUACUCCCUGCUUUCCGUCUUUCAGUCAUGAUGUAGUAUGAAGCACACUCAUAUUUUCAUAGUGAGUUUUUAUUUGCAAGACUGUGAGUGUCUUGUCAAGCCUCUGGUAUUCUUUUUUGUUUUCCUUUUUACCCCUAGUGGGCAAAUGACAUUGCCUAGUGCAAAAGUGCUUUUUUUUUGUGUGUGUGUUUGUGUGAUUGCAUGUGUGUGUGUGUAAAAACUCGCACUGUUAUGUGAAAAGGAUGCAGAAUUGCAAAUGGCUUCAGGGCAAAGUGCCGAAGUAGUUGAUGCUCAUUGUAGAGGUGCUGAAGUGUGUAGACAAGACACAAAUUAUGAAGAUAAGAGCAUAAAACGAAACACCAGUCCCAUGUGUUAUCCACUAUGCACCUUUGUCUUCAUGUUUCGUGGCUUGCUUGCACUAUUUUACACCUUUAAGACGCUACCAAGAAGCAAUAGCUUUAGCCAUGAUGACAUGAAGCCCAAGGCACUAUGUCAUGUGGUGUACAGAGAGAUUCAGAAAUGACAGCACUUUCUGUUAAUUAAAUACUUAUCGUUCAAGGCUGCAAAGUGUAGGUAUUGCUGCCUUUCUCUCUGAAGGAACAAAAAAAAAUAUAGCGGGUUCACUUACAAGAAAACACUCAAACAAGAAAGAUAUUACAGAAGCAGACGGGACGGCAUGUGCAUUACUGUGUGAUUUAAUAACUAACUGCUUCCAAAAAAAAGUUUAUUUUUGCUUUUUUUUUUCCUGAGUGAACCCUAUCUUUCUUGUUUUUCUGGUUGCUGUUCAGGGAGCAAUGCCUACACUUGCCUUUAAACAUUCAUUUGAUCUUUCGUAGUACUGCCUUUUCUCGCCUCCUUUGUGUAUGCCAGCUGUACUGCCGAUUUUGUUCACAUAAGGUUACUCUGCAUCCAUUUUUGAACAAAUUGUCCUCACCCUUAGUUCUGGACUAUGCCUCAAAGCAUCCGCAAGGUAGAUGCUAGUGUUUUGCAAGUAGUUGUCGGUUGUAUGUGCCAUUUAUUCUACUGCAGCCUUAGUAAACUCGGGUGACAGUUUCUGACAUUCUACCACAAAGGAUGUGAAGGGAGUCGCUGUGUGCUGCUCAAAUGGAACCCACUUGUGAAAGCCGCAACAGGGUGUGGCAGAGAAGUUGUAAUGAAGAGUAGUACAGCAGAUGUUGCGUUGCUCAGACGGCAAGUAUAAUGGCUCUCCUGGUUAAACUGCUGGCUUGCUGACAUUCACUUUUUCAACGAGGCAGAACCAGGCAGGCGUGUUUCAUUUAACGUGCACUUGAAUGCAGUACUACUUACCUGUUUCGUGUAUACUUUUGUUUCAUAUACUGUACCUGUUUCAUGGAUACUACUCCUGCAUCCAAAGUAGGGGAAGCAAGUUCCUCUGAUGCCCGAUUUAUUUGCACCAGCAGGUGGCGCUCGCAUCGUAACACUCUCACCAUUGUUCGCUGUAGCUGCGCUGCUACCACAUCAACUUCCACCAUCGCACACAUCUCAUGUGGGGAAGCGGAACGUCAGGGAAUGCAAUAGUGGCUGUAGCGUUCCCAGAAGUCGUAAACAGGUCUUUCUGGCUAUGUAGCCAAAACUCUGCGGAGGGAGCUUCUGCGCAUGUAUUACUACGCCAAGAGUAGUCUGGGCAAGUUCGCAACAGUUUCAUUUGCUCUGACAUUGUGUAGUUUGUUUACGAAGGCAGUUAAAAUUUAACCGGUAGAACCACUGCACACCAUUUGCCUUGUCUGUUCCCAACAGACAUUUGUUAAGUUUGUUGUAUGUCUUUGAGGCAAGUUGAGUGGUGGUGGCCAAUUACAAGAGAAAUGGUCGCUAGAAUAAAUGGACACUACUGUUGCUUUUGGAACUUUCGUAAAAUGUGCAGUGAUCUUGCAUGUACAUAAGGGCAAUCUAAAAAAAUUUUUUUAAAUGUUCAUCUUGUUUUGGGAAUAUUAUGCCUACUUUCGGGUUUCAUGCCACUGCAAUUAAAGUAAUUAUGUGUUCUAUUUGCGCAUCAGAAAUUUCAAACAAAGUUAUGGGGCUAUUUUCAGCAACAUUGUGAUGCACUUUCUUUGCUUUGCUGUCGUGGCCACACGUAGCUUUCUGCGAGUUUAACAAAAUAAUGAAUAUGCAUUGCCUGUAGUAUUAGCACACGAAACAAAUGUUUUUUUUUGUUUUCCAUUGAAAUUAGCAGUGGUACUAUCUGCUGCUUGGAGAAUGAAACUGCUACUCUGUUGCCUCUGCUUUAGGCACUUUGCUAUGAGGACAUGUGGUAUCAUCUUUCUUCCCAGUGCUUCAUAUUUGCAUAUUUUGUCAAAAGCAGAUUGGGAGUACACAUUUGUGGUGACGCCAGACAAGCAAUUAAUUUUUAUUGCAAUAGGAAUGGCAGUGUCAUCUGUCCGAAGAAGGCAAAAUGCCUGUUGCGGCGUUUUGCAGAAUGCAGACUGGUUUUGCUUUCCCAUCAUCACACAUAACCCCCCCCCCCCCCCCCCUUUAUUCAUCUGGCAUUUUCACAUGUGGCAUGAAUUGUUCAUUUCUUCUCUACAAAAUAUAGGAGCAAACCAUGCCCAGACGUACGACGUCCUUAAAUAAAAUGCUCGGCUCUACUUAUGUGCAAAGCUUGAGUACAGCAAACCGGCACUUUGGCCGGGAGAGCGACUUAUAUUUGUGCCCCUCGGCAACGCAACAUUAAUGACAUGAGUUUAAGCUGCCUCCUUGAAACUCCUCUGAGUAGAUGCAUGUAGCUCCUCACUAUAAAACAUUAAUACUCUUCGUACUGGUAAAGCUUGUGCCAUGCGUUCAGGUUUUCUUUUUUAUUUUCUUUUUUUUUUUUUUUUAGUUUAUGCUUCCUGGGGCCCUUGCACACAGGUGGCUUCGACAGUAUGUACACAGCGAUGUGCGAACAGAUGACAAAAACAACUUGUGCAGCUGUGUACAGGGUGUGCCCUCAUUUGAAGGAAGCCUGUUCACUUAGUAGUAAUAGUGAGUGGACAGCAGAAUUGUUUUAAUCCCCAUGCUAUUUUAAUGACAAUUAGGUAGCCACAAUGCAUUGGUGGUAUCCUAAACUAGCCAAAUGCAUUAAAGCAAUAGUGAAAUGCUUUGAAGGAAACAAACGAAAAUAUAAAAACAGGCCCUGUUUCAGUAGCUUCAGUAGCUUGUCUGGCACUCUCAAGCUCAGGAAAGAAAUUUUCUCUCUCAUCUAUCCAUGUGCAUUUCACUCACUUAGUCCCUUUGUUUUUAUUGAAAUAAAGUCAGGAAGACUUAAUCACCCUCAGCGGCUACUCCUUUUCGCUGAAGGACAUGUAGAGUGUGAGGGCGAACAGAAGGAGUCCGUCUCUCAGUAUCCAGAACUUUGAAACUGCAAAAAUUUUUGCGGAAGUUCUGGCACGCAGCCCCACAAGGAGUUCAAUGGCUUUGAAGCUUUUUGACGACUGCACGUGAAGAAUUUGCAUUGACACUCAUUAGAUUAGUGGCACCUUCACGAUAAGCCUAAUGAGCUGGAACAAGAAUUUGGGGGUUGCCAGAUUUGUCCUCAGGCCAUGCGUCUUUUUUAAAAGCCUUAUUCUUUAUUUUGUUUGACUGCUUUGUAGGCAAUGAGAGUCACUCUACAGUACCUGGUAUAAAAAGAUAUUGCAAAGCAAAGGUGUCGCAUAGGUUUAUGCAUGCCUUGAAAAUGCAUUAUUUUUCACAUUUUAUACUUUUUUUGAAGCACCUCAUGCUAUUCUUAGCCCUCCAGCAUUUUGAGUGUUAUCAUUUUAAUGUUGUAAUAAUGUCACAAGUUGCAUUAGGUUGCACAGUAUUAGCAGCAAAACAUUACAUUUUGGUUUAUAGCUACAUGGACAUCAUCACAUCGUAUUUCGCAAGCUAUCCUACACAAGGAGCCAGUGUGUUCAUAAGAACCAAUCAUGUCAAAAUCUCUGGAGGUUUCUGGGUCUAUAUCUACUUAGCGAGAACAUUUUUGCUGGCUGGUUGGUACAUUUUUGUUGACAAUGUUGACUGUACAAGUAAACAGAAUCCAUACAAGGAUUUCACUUGUUCUGUCCGUGAUUACUUGUCUGGUUUGCACUUACUUACGCAGUCAAACAAUUAUUUGCCUAAGAAAUGCUGCUGCUAAAUAACUGCUAUUCUUGAGAAGCAAGUCAUAGCUACUUUUUCUAAGGAGAGACAAAUGCUUUGUGGUUCUUGAAAGCACUUCCUGUGCAGUAGUGGUGCCCACAAGACAUUGAGGUGUUGAAGAAAAUGGAUAAACCUUGCAAAUCUUCCAUCCUUAAAAACGUGCGCUGUAAAUUAAAUGUUCAGGAUGCAUGGAUGACGAGUCCACUUUAUUAGUUGCAUAUUGCACACCCUUGAAUAUUGUAGAAUGGAUGCAGAUGGAUCGAUUCUCAUUGGUAUUGGAAUAAUGCAAAGUCGUAUUCAGCAGCAGCAGAAAUCACUGUUCCUGUAAAGGCGACGCUCGAAACGUGGUUUCCAUGGUGUCACUUCUGGCACCUGCAGUGCGGCUUGCUAGAUUGCAUUUCGUUGUUCUGGUGGAGCCAUUGCAGGAGGGUGCGAUGUGGACGCCACCUGUUCACAAUACCUCUCCUAUGCAUUGUACUCGGUUGUAUACCUAGCAUGUUACACUGCAGAAGCCAUGCAAGUAGUGAGGUCGUAGAAACUCCCGCUCCACACUUUUCGCAGCGCAGUUGUUCUUGAUCUGUGACACCUUCUCUGUAGUAAUUAAUUCAUAUUUAUUACAGCAUGUGAAGGUAAGGUUACGUCAGAGCACAUAUUAUUUUCCCACUUUUGUGCUUCCCGCGUGCGAUGUGCAAUGUUUUGGUCCCAAGCGGAAGUGGUGCACUGUGGCCACUGGUCACCAUAACUUGUCACUGUCCUUGUUCACUGCUAAAUAAGUCAAGAUCUGCAAUGCCUUCCGUGUAAUAAUUACGUCGUAUUGCGCGGAGAACUAACGCUAGAUGAAACGGCAUGACAUAUAUAUACAUAACUUUCUUUCACGUGUGACACACCGCUUUUUGAUCGCAAAUGCGUUUCGCAAUUGUCUGAUGUUUUGGUGUCCACACAGGAUGAGCGCUCGUCCUGCCUUCUUCAUCUGUGUUCGUCUUAAUUUGCACCCCUCGUUUAGUAGCCACCAGCCAGCCCAACAAGAAGUACACCUAUGAUUCCUUUUAAUACAGAUCCAGGCAGCUGACACAUUCUAACUUUGCUCCUGCCAGUUUGUUGAAUAUCAGUGUCCUCCUUCUCUUUACACUGUAGGUGCUCUUUACUGCUGAAUGGAAGCUAAAGUGUCCACUUUCAUGGGAAGAGAAAUGUUCCUACAGACGCAAGGCAUACACCAUUCCACCUGCUAAUGCAAGGUAUCAUGUACCAUCACUGAUAAACCUCGCCAGAAAAAUUUCACCUAGUGUGUUCUUUGGAAGGUCGCUGACGAUUUCGACAAGGUGUGCACUGGAGUGUGUAGUUGCACAUAGCCUUGUGGUAGCAUUGUGUAGCAUUUUUACACAGUCUUUGCACACUGUCCACCAAUCGUGUGUGUCCAAGGUCACUGUUGGCCAUGUGAAUGGCAUUCUCUGUGCUGUCGGAUUUGCCGAUUCUGCAAGGCUGCUGGCUCGGGCCACCGAUAGGGGCGAGCGUUAGAUGCCGAAUGUUUUGCAAGUAACAGAGCAAGGUAUAAGUGACUGUCCUGGUCAAGCUGCUGACUUGUACAUGCUAACGUUUCCUACAAAAGUGGUGCUUCAUGGUGCAUUUUGUUUUGAUGCCAUGUCUGCAUGCAGGGCCUGCCCGUGUUCAUGUAGAAGAAAUCGGAAAUGAGCAUCGUCUGUCGCAAUGUGGGACACAGAAAAAAUGAACUGCCUCAGUUAAAAGAAUGGAGGCAGCAUCUGUCACAUAUAUGGUUGUCGACAACACACACUGCAUUUCAGUGUAAAAAUGCCAGGCAGUGCCACUGUUCUUUUCCCCAAAGAAAACCUGAACUUCCUCUACAACACUGACGCACGCAAUGGAUAAUUUUAACUUAUUAUGGGUAAAACAUGGAAAGGGGGUAGGGGUCAAGUACUUGGUUCAGACGUGGUGUUAAGCAAACUGCACCAUGAAAUGUUGUCAAAGUUGAAGCAUGAUUGAAUAAGCGGCUUGUCUGGAAGAGUCAUUUAUACCGGGAUUCUUUAUUAAUGCAACAUGUUCUGCAUUUGCAUUUUCUUUAAAGUGUUAUCUCGCGCUAUUUGUUAUUUGUGUUGAAUUCAAUCAUUGGUGGCAAAGCCAGACACAUUACUUAAUGCCUAUUCAGCAGUGUCGCAUACUGCAGGCCCUUUCAAACAGGGGUUUCAGUUGUUGCAAAAUGUGCACCCGUGGCAGCAGACCACUGCGAAUUGCCAUCUACUGCUGUGCUUUGUAUUACUUCCAGAAAGUAUGAUGAGCAAAACGUGAACAAGGUGAAUGCGGGAGCCAACGUUUCGACAAGUGGACUUGUCUUGUUCUAGGCGACGUACGUUUUGUUUACGCUUGCGCGUAAACAAAGCCUACACGUAAACGUACGUGUAUGUGUAAGCGUACAUGUACACAAAGCGUACACGUAAACAAAGCUUUGUUUACGUAAGCGUACGUCGCCUUGAAGAAAAGUCCACUUGUCGAAAUGUUGGCUCUCGCAUUCACCUUGUUCACGUUUUGCUCAUAGUCUUGAAUUUCCAUCUCCUGCAUUCCCCAUGUUUUCCCUGGAUUCCAGAAAGUAUAACAUUCAUUAACAUGCUUUCAUUGAAAAUUAAUUUUGCAGCACUCAGCAUGACGAAAGGUUUAUCAGUGACCUGUGCUUAACAUAAUAUGCGUGCCAAAUGCUGACCUGCAGUGUAUUAAAGAUGUUGAUAAAUCCUUGUGGACACGGUUGCUUCAGUGUAACAACAUUGAGACGUGCCCGCCGUUUCGAUCGAAAUGAAAAAUUCAGACAGCGUUGAGUAUCCCAGAAGAGCUUUGUCGAGUCAUGCAACUGGGUGACGAAAGAAAAAGAACCUCUGGAGGAAACUGACUCAUUUAAGAGCGUGUGAUAGUCAAUUGUACAACAAACCUCAGUGAAUGUCUUCAGCUUUUCAGUGGUAAUGAAAGUAAAGUGUUGAAGAUGAGGUGAAAGCGCAUUUCAGCUGCAGGAGCAGUUUGUGUCGACCUGCACAUUGCUGCUUCAGCACAGUAGCUGCAGUGCUAGGGGUCUUUUUUGAUGUCUUGUUUGUUUUGGCUGAAGCUGAAUAAAGCCAUUUUCUUGUUGAAA